AUAUUAAAUAUUGUUUUUAUUUCAGGUCUGUUUGAAUAAUGAAUUAUCCUUAUCAUAAUUUCUAUCCUCUUCCCAAUUAUCCACCUGGUUACCCAAUAAUGAAUGAAGGACAAAAUCCUAAUGUACAAAAUCAGUCUUCUUCACAACAAGAAAUGUAUCCACAGGUCCCCACUUAUCCUUAUCCUCCAAUUAAUCCAUAUCCAAUUGGUGGGGGACCAAUCUGUCCUCCAAUUCCACCAGGUGGUAUUUAUUUUCCACCUACAGAAUUUGUUAUAGAACCUGUAACUACUGCAUCCCCUUAUCCACUUUAUCCAGGAAUUCCCAAUACUGUUCAGCAGCCAUUACCAGGAGGAGGAAUAUUCCAUCCAAACAUUGCACCCAUUGAUCAUACAUAUCCUCCAGCUGUGGAUCCAGGAUUUGCUCCUGGAGUACCGUAUCUUUUCCAGAGAUAUUAUCCUUCAGCCUAUCCAAGUUGGAAAUUAAAAAUGCCUGAGGGUACUGUUAAAUAUUAUCAACCUUUUAAUCCAGAAGAUGAUGCCCAGCAACUAAGAAGUGCUAUGAAAGGAUUAGGCACUGAUGAAGCUGCAAUCAUUGAUAUAUUAGCCCAUCGUACAAAUCAGCAACGCCAAGAAAUUAGUGUUGCUUACAAAACUCAGUUUGGAAGGGAUUUAGUUGAUGACUUGAAUAGUGAAUUAUCUGGUAGAUUUGAAGAUGUUAUUAAUGCCUUAAUGAUGCCAGUUGUUGAAUAUAUUGCCAAAGAAUUGCGUCAUGCCUUAUCCGGUGCCGGAACUGAUGAGGAUGUCCUAAUAGAAAUUCUCUGUUCUAGUGAAAAUAAAGAAAUUCUUGCAAUUAAAGAAGCUUAUCAAACAUUGUUUGAUAGAAGUUUGGAAGAUGAUCUUGUGAGUGACACUUCUGGUGACUUCAGAAGAUUGCUCGUAUCAAUGACUACUGGAGCAAGAAAUGAUGGCUAUGCAGAUCCAGAUGGAGCAAAACAAGAUGCUCAGGAUUUAUACAAUGCUGGAGAAGGACAAUGGGGUACAGAUGAAUCUGUUUUUAACAUGAUUUUAGCAACACGCAGUUGGGAUCAUUUAGCUAUGGUAUUUUAUGAAUACCAACAACUAACUGGACAUACUAUGAGUGAUGCUGUUGAACGAGAAUUUUCUGGUGAUGUUAAACAGGGUUGGUUAACAGUAGUGCAUUGUGUUGAAUAUAGACCAUCUUUCUUUGCUGAAAGAAUAAAUAAAGCAAUGAAGGGUGCAGGAACAUGUGACAGGGAUUUAAUAAGACUUAUUGUCACUAGAUGUGAGAAGGAUCUUGUUCAAAUUAAGCAGGAAUAUUAUGAUCAGUUUGGUAAAACAUUGGAAGAAGCUAUUGAGGAUGAUACUUCUGGGGAUUACAAAAGAAUGUUGCUUGCUUUGGUAUCUGGCAUGUAAUUUGUUCCCAUUUGUCCCAAUAUUAUAACUUAGAAAUAUUAAGGAUCAUCUACAUAUACUGUAGCUCCUUCAGAUUGUGACAUUACACUAACUAGUUAAACUUGUUAAAUUGAUGUCAACUUAGUGCCUUAGCAAUGUUUUUUACUUUAAAUUUUAGGACUGUAACGAAUUAAUUUGUAAUUUUUAGUUGAGUACUUAAACUCUGAGUAACAUUGACCUUAACUUUUGUGAUAAAUUUUACUCCUAAAUUCUUCGUUAACUUAGUAUAGAUUUGUUAAUCAGAAGAUUAUUAAUGUUCAGUAUUUUUUGUUAAACCUUAUUUUCAGAUGUUUAGCCAGAUAUACUGCAUUUGAAAUAAUAUAUAAUGACUUUUAAUAUGAAUUAUUAUGCACACUUUUCUCUCUGGAUCAGGUGCCUAAAUCUAGUCUGUUAAAUGGAAGUAUAUUUUAUAAAUGUUGAUCUUUAAAUUGUUGUAUAUUUUCAUGCAGAAAUCGAUAUUUGAUAUUUUAAUCUGAAUGUUUAAAAAUCAUUACUCAUCAUUGAAAUGAUUAAAGAUUAAAGCUUAAUUGUCAUGUUUA